AUGUUAACCCAGAAGAACAAGAAGCUUCGGCGGGGAGUGAGAGAAGUCCAGAAGUUUGUGCGAAAAGGAGAACGAGGGUUGGUGAUAUUUGCUGGUGACACGCUCCCGAUAGACGUGCUCUGUCACAUGCCGUUGGUUUGUGAGGAGGCGGGCAUUCCCUACUGCUACGUGCCGUCUAAGGAGGAUCUGGGAGCGGCCGGCGGCUCGAAGCGGCCGACGUGCAUGGUGAUGGUGAACAAACACGACGACUACACGGACGCCUGGGAUGAAUGCUCCAACGAACUGAAGGCACUGCCGUCGUCCAUCGAGCUGUGAUGUCACCCGCGACCCCUCCGCGACCCCUGACCCGCCAGCAUCGUGACAUCGCCUGUGACCCCGCCAGCAUCGUGACCCCGCUGUGACCCCGUGACCCUGCCCGGUUGGUUCGACUUCCGUUGUCGUGGGCCGUGGUGAGCUAGGAUGCUGGCGUUUCUUCGGUGUCACUGCGCAGCUUUAUAUAAUUAGACGCGUCCCAGCACCCAGUGUUUCUCGAAUGUCGCGCAAGUCAUGAUGGUGCAGUGAUGAAUUGCGAUGCAGCGGCGCAAUCUUCAGGUACAUAGCGUGUUGGUAGAUUGAAAUAAUGCAAGGAUAAGUUGAUGGUGCGAUGGUAUUAUAUAUGCAGUGGUGUGCGAUGGUAAAUUGCGGCGGCGCCGUGGUAAAUUGUGGCAGCGAAACGGUAAAUUGCGACGGUUGCAUGUGCUGUGUUGCGUGCGUGUUGACUCGACGUUGUAAACGUUUGCGCACAUAUUUUUGCGCUCGCGAAUUGUAAAACGACUGAAUCUACAUAGGCGAGUCGUGUUAGCCAUGCUGGCCUUGUUUACAGAGUAGCGAUGUUUGUGGAGCCCAGUUGCAGAUGCACUGCCAUCGGCCACGCUGCUCACAUCGUAUGCAAGUUAACGUUGCAUUGCUAUUGUGCAUAGCCAUAGAGCAAAUGCAUGCUUAAGCUGGUGGUUGAGACACACACACGCACGCUCCUACGCACGCAUGUAGACAUGUAUCCACACACUCACGCGUGCGCACACGCACACACAAACGAGUUUUUUUUAUCCGAAUGCUGGUAGACUUGCUACCGACUACUUUAGGCACUCGUAAUGUCCACGAAACUCUCAUCAUGAAUCACACAGCCACUGCGUUGCGUGUGUUUACCAUUCAACGAGCAUUGAUGUACACGCAUGCACGCACGCAUGCACGCGUGUAAUUUUUGUACCAGAAGAAGUUGAGUGUUGUUCUACUCACGAAUGUCCCCGGAAUCUAUAAUUCGAAUCAAAAUCUAGGAAUCGGAAUUCGGGGGGCUAGACUCAUGCACAUGCCCUCGUCUUUAUAGUAGCAUUAAGACCGUUGAUUCUGCAUAUAGAUGAAACGUGAAAUAUAUGUACCAACUAGUAAAACGCAGUGAAUGUAUUAUUAUCCAGUUAUUAUGUUCGUGUCGUGUACGUGUACUGUUGUGCCGCAUCUGCAUAAGCCUGCAGUAAAAGAAAGUCGGUGGUGUCCGGGAAAGAUCCUACUGUACUUGUAUUUGGAACCUUUGUAAAUAUUACAGCCAAUAUUCAGCGUGAACUGCAGUCUGUUUCCGUGUCGAUUGCAUUUCUCUCUGCCGCUUCUCUACCGCUUUACACAUAUAGAUAGACUAGCUGGUCUAUUUUUUGUAAGUCGCAGUGUUUUUGUGAGUGAUGUGGGAAUAAUGUUUUUCUCACUCCCGGGGGAAAUUACGUCUAAUUGUAGCCGAAUCUUCGAAUCUUAGCCGUGAAAAUAUUUGUGAUCGCGAUGUGUCACACGAAGGUUUAAAAAAUCCGAAUUGAAAGUGAAAUUAACGCAAAGAAUGUUUAAUUACACGAAUUUUGAGACAUACACUGUAUAUAAACUCAGCUGGAAUUCAUAUUAAAGUGCAAAAGUUGUAUCAUUUCUAUGUUUUAUCUUGUCUAGCUUGUGUAUAUCCAAUGAUACCUAUAGUGCGGUAAACCGAACGAGAUGUAAUGGUUUUAUAAUGUGAGCAGGCAAGUAAUUGAACAUAAUAAAGGUGAAACAAAUUGA